GCUGGCUCUGGAUCCGUGGCGGUGGUGGCGGCGGCGGCGGCCGGUGGCUGGCCAAGCGUGUGCCGGGUGGGAGAAGACGAGGCGGCGGCGAUGCUGCCACCUCGGUAAGGAACGUGGAGGAGGCCGCGGCUCUUGAGGCCCCAGAAAGCGCGGAGGAGCUGCUAGCUGCGGUCGGUGGCUUCGGGCGCCCGCCGGGCCAUGGUGGCUGCGGGUGGUGGUUGGCGCGGUAGCGCUGCGGCCCGGAGCCGUGCGGGGCCAGGACAGUCGCGGCGCUAACGUCCGCGGGGCCCAGCCGCAGAUAUGAAGCGGAGCCGCUGCCGUGACCGACCGCAGCCGCCGCCGACGCCCGACGCCCGCAGGGAGGAUGGGGCUCAGCGGACGGCGGAGCUACCCCAGCCCUUGCCCCCGCGCCGGCGAGCGCCGCCCGGGAGGCAGCGACUGGAGGAGCGGACCGGGCCUGCGGGGCCGGGGCCCGAGGUCAAGGAGCAGGAUGUGAUAACUGGACUUAGUCCCCUGCUCUUUAGGAAGCUCAGUAAUCCUGACAUAUUUUCAUCCACUGGAAAAGCUAAACUUCAACGACAACUUAGUCAGGAUGACUGUAAGUUACGGAAAGGAAGCCUGGCCAGUUCUUUGUCAGGUAAGCAACUGCUCCCCUUGUCCAGCAGUGUGCACGGCAGUGUGGCGCAGGUGGCGUGGCCAUCCUCAGGAGAAGCAUCAAACCUUGUUCGAAUGAGGAACCAGUCCCUGGGACAGUCGGCACCUUCUCUUACUGCUGGCUUGAAGGAGUUGAGCCUUCCAAGAAGAGGCAGCUUAAUCUCCUCUCUUUGCCGAGGAUCUGAAGUAAACCAGCACAUGUUUUCACCCACAUCGGCUCCAGUCCUAUCCCUCAUUAAAGUCCCAUAUAGUGCUGACUGUGCUCUGGCUGCUUCUCCUCUUGCGUUUUUCAUGAACCCACAAGCCCAUAGCAGUCCUGGCAGUCCCUGUUCCAGCCGCCCACUGCAGUGGAGUUGUCGGACAAGUAACCGCAAGAGUUUGAUUGUGACCUCUAGCACAUCACCUACACUACCACGGCCACACUCACCACUCCAUGGCCACACAGGUAACAGUCCUUUGGACAGCCCCCGGAAUUUCUCUCCAAACGCACCUGCUCACUUUUCCUUUGUUCCUGCCCGUAGGACUGAUGGACGGCGCUGGUCUUUGGCCUCUUUACCUUCUUCAGGCUAUGGAACCAACACUCCUAGCUCUACUGUCUCAUCAUCAUGCUCCUCACAGGAAAAGCUGCACCAGUUGCCCUUUCAGCCUACAGCUGAUGAGCUGCACUUUUUGACAAAGCAUUUCAGCACAGAGAGUGUCCCAGACGAGGAGGGACGGCAGUCCCCAGCCAUGCGGCCCCGUUCCCGCAGCCUCAGUCCUGGACGAUCCCCAGUUUCCUUUGACAGUGAAAUAAUAAUGAUGAAUCAUGUAUACAAAGAAAGAUUCCCCAAGGCAACUGCACAGAUGGAAGAGCGCCUAGCAGAGUUCAUUUCCUCCAACACUCCAGACAGCGUGUUGCCCUUGGCAGAUGGAGCCUUGAGUUUUAUUCAUCAUCAGGUGAUUGAGAUGGCCCGAGACUGCCUGGAUAAAUCUCGGAGUGGCCUCAUUACAUCACAGUACUUCUACGAACUUCAAGAGAAUUUAGAGAAACUUCUGCAAGAUGCUCAUGAGCGCUCAGAGAGUUCCGAAGUGGCUUUUGUAAUGCAGCUGGUGAAAAAGCUGAUGAUUGUCAUUGCGCGCCCAGCUCGUCUCCUGGAAUGCCUGGAGUUUGACCCUGAAGAGUUCUACCACCUGUUAGAAGCAGCUGAGGGCCAUGCCAAAGAGGGACAAGGGAUUAAAUGUGACAUUCCCCGCUACAUCGUUAGCCAACUGGGCCUCACACGGGAUCCCCUAGAGGAAAUGGCCCAGUUGAGCAGCUAUGACAGUCCUGAUACUCCAGAGACCGACGAUUCAGUCGAGGGCCGUGGGGCAUCGCUGACAUCUAAAAAGACACCCUGUGAAGAGGACUUCGAAACCAUUAAGCUCAUCAGCAAUGGCGCCUAUGGGGCUGUAUUCCUGGUGCGGCACAAGUCUACCCGGCAGCGCUUUGCCAUGAAGAAGAUCAACAAGCAGAAUCUGAUCCUGCGGAACCAAAUCCAGCAGGCCUUCGUGGAGCGCGACAUACUGACUUUUGCCGAGAACCCCUUUGUGGUCAGCAUGUACUGCUCCUUUGAGACCAAGCGCCACCUCUGCAUGGUGAUGGAGUAUGUUGAAGGAGGAGACUGUGCCACGCUGCUAAAGAACAUCGGGGCCCUGCCUGUGGACAUGGUGCGUCUGUACUUUGCGGAAACUGUGCUCGCCCUGGAGUAUUUACACAACUAUGGCAUCGUGCACCGUGACCUCAAGCCUGACAACCUCCUGAUUACAUCCAUGGGGCACAUCAAGCUCACUGACUUUGGCCUUUCUAAAAUUGGCCUCAUGAGUCUCACAACAAACUUGUACGAGGGCCACAUUGAAAAGGAUGCCCGGGAGUUCCUGGACAAGCAGGUAUGCGGAACCCCGGAGUACAUUGCGCCCGAGGUGAUCCUGCGUCAGGGAUAUGGGAAGCCAGUGGAUUGGUGGGCCAUGGGCAUAAUCCUGUAUGAGUUCCUGGUGGGUUGCGUCCCGUUCUUUGGAGACACUCCGGAGGAGCUGUUUGGGCAAGUGAUCAGUGAGGAGAUUGUGUGGCCUGAGGGGGAUGAUGCACUGCCGCCAGAUGCCCAGGACCUCACCUCUAAACUGCUCCACCAGAACCCCCUGCAGAGACUGGGUACAGGCAGUGCCUAUGAAGUGAAGCAGCAUCCGUUCUUUACUGGUCUGGACUGGACAGGACUGCUUCGCCAGAAAGCUGAAUUUAUCCCUCAGCUGGAGUCAGAGGAUGAUACCAGCUACUUUGACACCCGCUCAGAUCGAUACCACCACAUGGACUCGGAGGAUGAGGAGGACGUGAGUGAGGACGGCUGCCUUGAGAUCCGCCAGUUCUCCUCCUGCUCUCCAAGGUUCAGCAAGGUGUCCAGUAGCAUGGAGCGGCUCUCGCUGCUUGAUGAACGCCGGACACCACCCCCCACCAAGCGCAGCCUGAGCGAGGAGAAGGAAGACCGCUCCUCCGAUGGCCUGGCAGGGCUGAAGGGCCGAGACCGGGGCUGGGUGAUUGGCUCCCCUGAGAUAUUGCGGAAGCGGCUGUCGGUGUCUGAGUCAUCCCACACAGAGAGUGACUCAAGCCCUCCACUGACAGUACGACGCCGCUGCUCAGGCCUCCUGGAUACGCCGCGAUUCCCUGAGGGCCCUGAGGAGGCUAGUAGCACCCCCAGGAAGCAGCAACAGGAGGGUACAUGGCUUCUGACACCUCUACCUGGAGAAGGGGUAUCUGGGUCUAUCCCUGAACGGCCAGUGGAACGGCAGCUGCAGCUGGAUGAAGAGCCUGUCAGCCAGAGCAGUGGUUCCAGUCCAGGUGUGGCCCAGCAGGUGGCCAAAAGGCCCAGGCUGAAGGAUACUGCAGGGAGGCGGGGCGGGGAGGCUCAGCUGCAUUGCAGGUCUCAUGGCUCACUUGGGCCCACAGCCAUGGAGACGCGAGGCCAUGGGAUGCCACAGCUGGCUGAGGGAGCCACAGCCAAGGCCAUCAGUGACCUGGCGGUGCGCAGGGCCCGCCACCGGCUGCUCUCCGGGGACUCUAUAGAAAAGCGCACCGCUCGUCCCAUCAACAAAGUGAUCAAGUCUGCUUCAGCCACAGCUCUGUCCCUCCUCAUUCCUGCAGAACACCACACCUGUUCUCCAUUGGCCAGCCCCAUGUCCCCGCAUUCCCAGUCAUCCAACCCGUCAUCCAGGGACUCUUCUCCAAGCAGGGACUUCUUGCCAGCCCUCGGCAACGCGAGGCCCCCCAUCAUCAUCCACCGAGCUGGCAAGAAGUAUGGCUUCACCCUGCGGGCCAUCCGUGUCUACAUGGGUGACUCGGACGUCUAUACUGUGCACCACAUGGUGUGGCAUGUGGAGGAUGGAGGUCCAGCCAGUGAGGCGGGGCUUCGUCAGGGAGACCUCAUCACUCACGUCAAUGGGGAGCCUGUGCAUGGGCUGGUGCACACAGACGUGGUGGAGCUGAUCCUGAAGAGUGGAAACAAGGUGUCUAUUUCAACAACUCCCUUGGAGAACACAUCCAUUAAGGUGGGGCCAGCUCGGAAAGGCAGCUACAAGGCCAAGAUGGCCCGGAGGAGCAAGCGGGGCCGGGGCAAGGACGGGCAAGAAAGCAAAAAGAGGAGCUCCCUAUUCCGGAAGAUCACCAAGCAGGCAACCCUGCUCCAUACCAGCCGCAGCCUGUCUUCCCUUAACCGCUCACUGUCAUCAGGGGAGAGCGGGCCGGGCUCUCCCACACACAGCCACAGCCUUUCCCCCCGAUCUCCCACGCAGGGCUACCGGGUGACCCCUGAUGCUGUGCAUUCAGUGGGAGGGAAUUCAUCACAGAGCAGCUCCCCCAGCUCCAGCGUGCCCAGCUCUCCAGCCGGCUCUGGGCACACACGGCCCAGCUCCCUGCACGGUCUGGCACCUAAGCUCCAACGCCAGUAUCGCUCUCCAAGGCGCAAGUCAGCAGGCAGCAUCCCACUGUCACCACUGGCGCACACCCCUUCUCCACCGCCAGCUGCUUCACCCCAGCGCUCCCCAUCGCCUCUGUCUGGCCAUGGAACCCAGGCCCUCCCCACCAAGCUUCACUUGUCGCCUCCCCUAGGCAGGCAACUCUCACGGCCCAAGAGUGUGGAGCCACCCCGCUCACCACUACUUAAGAGGGUACAGUCAGCUGAGAAACUGGCGGCUGCACUUGCUGCUUCUGAGAAGAAGUUAGCCGUUUCUCGAAAGCAGAGCCUUGACCUGCCUUAUCCUGAGCUAAAGAAGGAACUGCCACCCAGGGAAAUCAGCCCUCUGGAGGUAGUUGGGACCAGGAGUGUGCUGUCUGGAAAGGGGACGCUGCCAGGGAAGGGGGUGCUACAGCCUGCUCCCUCACGGACCCUGGGCACCCUCCGACAGGACCGGGCUGAACGGCGAGAGUCACUGCAGAAGCAGGAAGCCAUCCGUGAAGUUGACUCUUCAGAGGAUGACACCGAUGAGGGGCCUGAGAACAGCCAAGGUGUACAGGAGCCAAGCUUGGUACCUAACCCAGAAGUGGGCCAGGAUCCACCCCUCAGAGGAGAGGGUGAGGAAGAAGAUGCCUUCUUGCCCAGGGACCACAGGAGGCAGGGCCCAGUGGUCCCAGGCCUAUUGACAGGGAUCACACUGGAGCCUCUCAGAAUGGAAGGCCCUAGUGUCCCCCAGAGGAGGCUGGGCAUCCCACAAGUCUUUGAGGAGGCUGCCAGCUCCUUGACACCAGCUUCCAGCCUGGGUAGGGCUGGACCCACAGACCCCAUCCCCCCUGAAGGCGGCCUAAAGGCCCAGCACCUCCACACCCAGGCACUAGCAGCACUUUGUCCCAGCCCUUCAGGACUCAUCCCUACCAGUUGCCCCGCUGCUUCCUCCACCUCUGGAGAGCCAGGCCCAUGGUUGUGGAAAUUCCUUAUUGAGGACCCAGACCAGGCCUUCUCAAGCAGAAAGGCAACAAUGGAAGGUGGGCUGGUCAGCCCCCAGGGUUUGAAAACCACAACUCUAGCUCACCCUGAGAACCUGUGUCCCAGGCAGGAGGGGAAGUCAUGGCCACCCAGUGCCCCUGCGCUGGCCCAUCCACCUUGUGAGCUUCCCAGCCAAAGCUGGCUAUGGAAGCCUGAGUGUGCACAAACAGAGAAAGAGCAGCCAGCCCUGGGCAUCACCAAAGUGCCUGACGCCUCAGGUGACAGGAGGCAGAACGUUCCACGCAGAAGCUGCCCUCUCACCCAGGAGCCUGGGCCCAGCCUGCUUCAGAGGGGCCAAGACCCAGGGGGCCCUCAAAAGCUUCAGGACUUGGCACUGACACCCGAUGAGCUUUUAAAGCAAACAUAGCAUUUGUUUGCCAUUUCUUGCACUCAGACCUGUGUAAUACAUGCUCUUGGAAACCAUC